UUGGUUAUAAAGUAAAUAUAUAUUUUUUCAAAUGAAGAAACAAUGAUUUCUACAGUAGGACGCGUCAUUAAUAGUAGUACAAUAAGAGCUUGAUGGAGUGCGGCUUUGUCAAAGUGAUGUGCAUGCAAAGCACUGGAGUCCCUGUUGUCCAAUCAGCGAGCGCCGUCCCUCGCCCUCGUCCAAUGGGAAAUAGGCGCAUGCAGGUGGCUGCGCGGAUAUCAGCGCGCCCCGCCGCGCGCACGCCGCAGCCCAGGUCCAUUUAGGAGGAAAGUGGACCGAAGUUCCUCAGCAUCCAAACUGCAAAAAAAAAGAAAAGAAAAAAAAAAAAAAAAAAACAACUACAUCGUCUGUUCCUGCAUCUUCCGAACGGAUACCGAAAGUGGAGCCACACGGUAAACGCGCAAGAGACUCCAUUUAAUAACGUUUGUGUUCAUUUUGAAGUACAACAACAAGUUCGUAAGUUAGGAAACUAAGUCCUCCCAGUCAGAGAGGAGCUCGAGCCGCGCCGCGCCGCAAGUCAGUGCCGCCGCCGCCGAGGAUCCGCGCGUCCAGGACGGCCGACAUCCGUGGACUAAACUAAUAAUUGGGGCAAUUUCGCGUCGUCGCGCAUUCGGGCGGUCCAUGCUCACCAAUGUUAGCUGUGGGGCAGAUGGAUGCUAAUCGGCAAAGUGCGUUCGUGCUCGGCAGCACACCGCUGGCGGCUCUACACAACAUGACGGAGAUGAAGAGCUCCCUGUUCCCGUACUCGCUGCAGAGCCCCGCGGGCUUCAAGGCGCCGUCGCUCGGCAACCUCAACUCGCAGCUGCCUGCUUUGGGGACGCCACAUGGAAUAAGCGACAUCUUGGGCAGACCGAUUGCCGCCACCGCCGCCGGACAGCUGCUCUCGGGAUUUCCGCGGAUAAAUGGGCUCGCCGGCUCCGCAGGAAUGUACUUCAACCCGGCGGCCGUGUCCCGGUACCCGAAGCCGCUGACGGAGCUGCCGGGGAGGGCGCCCAUAUUCUGGCCCGGGGUGAUGCAGAGCUCCCCGUGGAGGGACCCGCGGGUGCCCUGUCCCGCUCAGAGCAACGUGAUGCUGGACAAGGACGGCAAGAAGAAGCACUCGAGACCCACCUUCUCAGGACAGCAGAUCUUCGCUCUGGAGAAAACUUUCGAGCAGACCAAGUACCUGGCGGGACCCGAGCGGGCCAGACUGGCUUAUUCCUUAGGAAUGACCGAAAGCCAAGUCAAGGUUUGGUUCCAGAACAGAAGGACCAAGUGGCGGAAGCGACACGCCGCCGAAAUGGCGACGGCCAAGAAGAAGCACGACUCGGAGACGGAGAAGAUGAAGGAGAGCUCGGACAACGAGGACGAGGACGAGUACAACAAACCUCUGGACCCGAAUUCGGACGACGAGAAAAUAACGAGACUGCUGAAAAAGCACAAAGCGGCCAACAUGUCGCUCAUCAGCCCGUGCAGCAACGGCUCGGACGCCUCGUGACGACCGUUGAAAAAGUGGCGGGACUUGUGCGUCUGACGAGGCUUCAAAAGCUAAAACAAACCAGGGUAUUUCAACGCUCAAAGAUCGGAAAUAUGACAUAUAAGCUGUACAGACCAUAAUGUAAGUGAGAUGUAUAUAUUUUUUACUACAUGAUUAUAAGUUAUGUGUUAAACGCACCCCGGGACGUGGAAGGCGCCUCUUUCCCCCGAAUGCAAACAUUUUCGUCACGUUGAUGUUCAGAGGCUCCACAUGUCACCUAACAAGCAAU